GAUUAGUUCAGUGAAGUACAUGCUUUUAGCUUUGAUCAACCUCUAGACUAGUGUUUUCUCAUAUCAUUCACUCAAAACCUCAAAAACCGAUUACCUAAUUAACAACAAGGUGGGAAGUAGGCUAGGGUACCAGGACGUUAGUAGAAUACGACCUUGAUUACCACUAUACGACAAUGCCAUCCUAGGUUAAACUUGGCCUAGGAUGGGAUAUUUGUUGAUACAUGCAAACCAUUGACAAUAUCAUGCAUGGAUUCAAGUGAUCAAGCUUUUUGGCGCCGUUGCCGCGGACCCUUGGUAACUAGUAGAAAACGAUUAAGUUGUUAGUUAGUUUUUAUCUUGCUUUAGCUGUUUGUUUCGUGUUGUGUUUGUGUUGUUGGUUUAUUUCAUUUUAUUUUGUUUUGUGCUUUUGUUUUGUGCUUUUGUUUCGUAUUUUGUUUUCAUAUUUGUGUCUUUGUUUGUAUUGUUAUUUGCCACUUUUUUACAUCACGGGUUGUUGUGGUUGUGUUUUGUAGCAUCGUUGUAUGCGAAGAAGGGAUUCAUUGGAAGUAUUAUCUCUUGAUUCGGAAAUCGAGAGAACCCUUCAGAAUCUAAGAAGGGUUACAAGAUCUCAACCUCCACCAAUGGCAGAACAUCAAGCUCAAGUAUCACCGAGGCCAAGAACAAUGGGUUCUUACUCUAGGCCAAGUGUGGAUAAUGUCCAAUCACCUAUUCUUCAUCCGACAUUGCCCAACAAUGAUUAUGAGAUCAAGCCGGAAACAAUAUCGAUGCUUCAAAGUGCGGUUCAAUUCAAUGGGAUGAUGAGUGAAGAUGCACAUGCGCAUGUCAAGUCAUUUUAUGAGUUUACGGAUGGAAUCGAAUUGAAUGGGGUUCCUCAAGAGGCUAUCCGGUGGACUUCGUGGUUCUAGACACAGAGGGGUAUGAUGCAUCGAUUAUUCUAGGCCGAUCAUUUCUAGCCACAGCACGGACUAUCAUUGAUGUAAGUGGAAGCAAGAUCACAUUAAGGUUUGGUGAAGAGAAGGUAAGCUAUAAGAUGACUCCAAUCCCAGAUUUCCACAAGUAUUACAAAUGGGACGAUGUUAAGAUGAAUUGUGAGCCGGUUACACCUCCUACCACACCACCGUAGGUGUCAAAACAUAGCCCGACCCGAUUAACCCGCCCGAUCAACCCGACCCGCAACCCGACCGCAACCCGACCGCAACCCGAAUUGACUAAAAGUCAACAACCCGUAACCCGCCCAACCCGCAACCCGAUUGACCCGCAACCCAACUAACCCGCAACCCGACUAACCCGUAACUCGAUUAACCCAAACCCGAUUGACCCGCAACCCGAUUAACCCGAACCCGAUUGACCCGAACCCGACUAACCCGUAACCCGACCGACUCAACCCGAAUUUCAUCUAAUCCACUUGAAUAAUUAUAAAAAUAUACAAUACAUAGUUUUUAAAAAUAAAGUUUUUCAUUCUAAACUUAAGUAAAAUUAUUUUUUCAUUUCGUAUAAGAAAUUUAAAAAAUAUGA